AUGGAGAAAUCGACCUCGACGGCUACUCAAAUCGCUGAGCCACCUCCUCCUCCUUCUGCUACCUCGUCUCUUCCAGCACAAGAUCUUCCGCUUCCUACAGCCGCAGAUCAGAGAUCUUCGCCGGCGAUGGUCGCAGCUGAGUUACCUUCGCUCGCUAUGGACUUGGACAGCUCGCCGGCUUUCACUCCUGGACCCUCACAAAUGUUACCGACUCCGACAGCCGCGGCUCAGCCACAAUUGGCAGCUCAGGUGCCUACGCCACCGUCGAUAGCUACCGCGGAUCCGUCGUCUAGGGGCAGAAAGCGAGCGUUGGAAGGGAAUCGUCAGAUGGAGAAGUCCAACUACUACAAGAUGCGUCUCCUUCUCAAAGAUCUCCGCCCUCACGUUCUCGAGCUUCUACGAACUCCAGACUUCAGGAACUGUCCGGCAGCAAUCGAGAUUCAACAGAAGAUGAAGCUCAUGCUUCAACUGUACCAAGAGAUGAUUGGAGAUACAAACACACCCAAACGUGAGAAGACAGCUAAGAGCGAGUCCUUAUCCAACGGAAAGGCGAUCGAUCAAACACCUCAGAGUAGUACUACUGAGCUGAGAUCAUCUGAGACAAUCUCUGUUAUCCAAACUGAGAAGCAGAGCUCUGAUGGAGAUGGCGACAAGGCGGCAGACGCGGUGGUCGGAGGGUCGGCUUUUGGCUGGAACUUCAUAACCUAUGGAGGAAGAGCCACAGAAGCUGUGUACUGUGGAAUGUCAAAGGAAGAAUACAGAAGCUCUCACCCGAUUAUUCAAGCGGAGGCAGAGGUUGAGUCGCACAAGACAUUAUAA